AUGAAGGUCCUCUUCUUCUUUCUGCUCCUCCUCGCGGCUGGACACCGAUGUGCGGCCGUGACCAGUUCAGAGGAUGCGGCAUACAUGCAUCUUCUGGCGGCGGCGACGGGGGCUGACGGCACGCUCGGCUGCAAGGCCGGGGCCGACCCUUGCGACGGCGGAUGGGCGGGGGUCCGGUGCGAGCUCGGCAGGGUGACCGGCAUUUCCGUGAGAGCCAAAGGGCUCGCCGGCUCGGUGCCCGACGCGGCCAAUGGCUCGCUCUCGGUCCUCGAAGAUCUUGACUUCGGGAACAACAACAUCACUGGCCGCUUUCCUCUCUUGCUGCUCCCCCGGCUGACAUAUCUCUGGCUUGACGGCAACGUCUUCACGAGCAUGCCGGAGACAUUCUUCAGCGGCAUGCCGCUCCUUCAGGUGUUGAACGAACCUCACCAACAACCCACUAGCAACGCGGGCAUCGUCGGCUCAUUGGAUGGUAUUUUCACCAACACCACCGCCGGCUUCCCCUUCCCAUCACUGGACGCCGUUUGCUUCGCCGGCAAUCGAAUGGUCGGAACACCGCCGGACAUGAGAGGCGGCGUGAUCACAAAGCUUGACCUCAGCAGCAACCUAUUCAGCGGUCCGAUAAGCUUCAUCACCGGCGUUGCGUCGUCCAUUCAACACCUCAAGCUUAGCCACAAUGAGUUCUCCGGCGAGCUGCCCGACUUCACCGACUUCGCGUGGCUGGGCCUCCUCUCCUUGGACCACAACAAAAUCACCGGCGUGGUUCCUGCAUCGCUUCCCCAGCUCUCGAGGAUCACCGCCGUCAAUCUGGCUGGAAACCUGCUGCAGGGGCCGCUGCCGGAGUUCGGCAAGUACGUGGUCACCGACCUUGCGGAAGCGGCGGCCGGAGGAAGUUUCUGCCGCCUCGACCGGGGACCGUGCGAUCCGGAGGUGGCGGCUCUUCUAUCCAUCGCCGGCGCGCUGGGCUUCCCGCUGAUCGUCGCCCGGAGCUGGCUGAGGAACGAUGCGUGCGCCGGCUGGAUUGGUGUGCACUGCGACGGCCAACGCAGAGUCACCGAUAUCAACCUGUCCCGGCUCGGGCUCAACGGCAGCUUGAGCUCGGCUCAAUUGUAG